AACCAGAGAAGGAUCUUGUAAAACCUUUUCUCCUUCAUACUCCCCCCACUCCCACCCCUCCUCCUCUGCCCCUUUGAUUAGAUGUUCCCUCAUCGUCCAAAAAAAAUGUAAUUUCGUUGGUCUGGCGGCCACUUUCUUUGAACAUUAGCUCGCUUUCAGCUCCAACUUCAAUUAGAAGGAGUUGAUUUUGAGAGAUCAACAAAAGAACCGACCAAAGCCUUAUUAAAGGUCCUAAGAAGAUCUCCCGGGUCCUUUGAGAAGCAGUUAAGGAAACAGUGUGCCCUCCAUCAUAUUCUGUUACCGUAUUUUAUUCGGACUCCAAAGGAAAGUGUCGCUUGGGGGAGGGGAAAGCACUUUGAUGAGCGGCGGCUGCUGCCCCCCUUUCACUGCGCCGGCUCCCCCUUCCUUCUCCUCCACCUCCUCGCCCAGCGCCCGAUCCACUCUUCGGGGGCCCGACCCCGCGGCCAGAGCAGCGCAGGAGCGCCCCACCGCGCUGCGCCCGGCGGCUCCUAGACUCGCCCUCACGCUGCUGUGCAAACUUUUCACUCCGCCUGCCGGGGUGAAGGGGUGGGGGAUUACGAAGAAAGGACAGGAAUUCCUCGAAAGGGAAUAAAGUGCCUAAUAUUCAAGAGGAGGCGCCCUUUUAGAGAACUGCCUCGCUCAGGAUUGGGGCGAAAACACUCCCUUCCCCCGCUUGAAAAAGUACACUUUAGGUGGAGGUGCAUGAGAAGUUUGUUCUGCUGGGAACGGACCUUUCCCAGUACGAACAAUCCGGGGCUAUCGCCUCAAAAAGGCUCCUACGGAGGCGUAGGGGAAGCAAAUUCAGGUCAGGGGACUUCGGCCACAUCCAGUCCCAUUCCACCACUCCCGGCUGCCCCUGGCAGAAAAUCGGUAGGGAGAGAUCGUGGGAGAAAGUUUCCCAUCGAGAUCUUUCGAUUUCAGAAUAAGUCGAGAGUGUGUAAAAGGGGAGGAGGACGCUGAGAGCUAACAUUUCAGAAGCGGCUGGUUAAGAUUUGCAAACACCCUUCGCGGGACUUGGGAACUCCGGGAGCAGGUUGGUUACACCGCGGGGUCGUGUGCGGGCGCGAGGUAGAUGGUGAGCGGCCCCGGCAGCUGAGGGCAGGACAGCCCACAGAAGGAACUGAGCUUAGAGGACUGCGCGGUGGUGGGAGCCCCGCACUGCGCCCAUCCGGCUCCCUGGAUCCGUCGGGGUGCCUCCACCCGGCUGUUAGCAUGAUGUCUUACCUCAAACAACCACCAUACGGCAUGAAUGGGCUUGGCCUGGCUGGGCCCGCCAUGGACCUGCUGCACCCCUCCGUGGGCUAUCCUGCCACACCAAGAAAGCAGCGGCGGGAGCGCACCACAUUCACACGCUCGCAACUGGACGUGCUCGAGGCGCUCUUCGCCAAGACUCGCUACCCUGACAUCUUCAUGCGCGAGGAGGUGGCGCUCAAGAUCAACCUGCCUGAGUCCCGAGUCCAGGUGUGGUUCAAGAACCGCCGAGCCAAAUGCCGGCAGCAGCAGCAGAGCGGCAGCGGGACCAAAAGCCGCCCAGCCAAGAAGAAAUCAUCCCCUGUGCGGGAAAGUUCAGGCUCCGAAAGUAGCGGCCAGUUCACGCCACCCGCUGUGUCCAGCUCCGCCUCGUCUUCUAGCUCGGCGUCCAGCGCCUCCGCCAAUCCAGCGGCCGCCGCCGCGGGGCUAGGUGGAAACCCGGCGGUGGCCGUGCCGUCGUCUCUGAGUGCCCCGGCGGCCUCAUCCAUCUGGAGUCCAGCCUCCAUCUCGCCCGGCUCGGCGCCCGCGUCGGUAUCCGUGCCCGAGCCAUUGGCUGCACCUAGCAACGCAUCCUGUAUGCAGCGCUCGGUGGCCGCUGGCGCCGCUUCAGCUGCUGCCUCGUACCCUAUGUCCUACGGCCAGGGAGGCAGCUACGGCCAGGGCUACCCAGCGCCCUCGUCUUCCUACUUUGGCGGCGUGGACUGCAGCUCUUACCUGGCGCCCAUGCACUCGCACCACCACCCGCACCAGCUCAGCCCGAUGGCUCCCUCCUCCAUGGCGGGCCACCAUCAUCACCACCCUCACGCACACCACCCGUUGAGCCAGUCCUCGGGCCACCACCACCACCAUCACCAUCACCAUCACCAGGGGUAUGGCGGCUCGGGGCUUGCUUUCAACUCUGCCGACUGCUUGGAUUACAAGGAACCUGGCGCCGCUGCUGCUUCCACGGCGUGGAAACUCAAUUUCAACUCGCCCGACUGUCUAGACUAUAAGGACCAAGCUUCGUGGCGGUUCCAGGUCUUGUGAGCCCAGGAGUGGGAGGAAAAGGAGAAGAAACGCAACUACCUGCGCCCUCUGUGGUCCCCGUCCUGUUGCUGCUGCUGUACCGCCCGCCUUUGCCUCCGCUUCUCCAGACCUGAAUUUUCACAUCCCCAAAAGAUGUCCAUGCACUGCCGUCUUCAUCGUUGUGCCCCUUGCUUGGGGGAUGUGCAAAACCGGCCCACCCCUUGGAUGAAGGGACCGGUGCCUCGGCUUGGCCCACAAGUUCUACGGGGGGGAUGGGGGGAGGGGGGAGCGGUGUGCUCGCCUCUUCAACUCCUAACAAACUCCUAAAGUUACCCCCUUUCAAUCUAUCUGGACUGUUGUUAUGCACUUGCAUUCUUCAGGGGCUCUUCGCUCUGACUAGCUGUUUGAACCCUACGCUUUUAUUUAUUCUUUCUGGACACUGGAGUCACUGACUGGCAUGUGUCUGCCCAUACGGAGUGCACCCACAGUCUACCCCAAUUAAAACAACCACCAAGUGUUUCUUUCCAGAAGACUGCCGCCCCUUCAGUUGCCCGCCCCCAUCCAUGCCUGCAGGCCAGAGCUUCUGGGCGUUUCCUUAGCCUCAGCGGACGCGCUGGGGUCAGGUCGGCCGGACUAGUGUCCCCUCCCCCCUACCCCCCCCCCCAGGUUCUCCCGCACAGCCCCACCCUGCGUAGAACUGGCUCAAGCUUCCGCCUAGGCGGGAAUGCUGUACAUAGUCCGGCCCGUUCCAGGGACCACUUAAACUUUUUAGUUGCUGUUGGUUGAACUGAACAUAUCUGGUUUUAGCGCCCAGGAAAUAGAACUUUAAGAUAUAUACAGCAUAUAUAAAUAUAUAUACACAUAUAUAUAAAACAAAAGCAAAAAUAUUUUCCCUUUUCCUCUAUUCCUCAAAUGAUGGCGCUUUUACUUUUUCAGUUGUUGCAAGCUGUCCUGCCCUCUCACACUUUCUUCCUCUGUGUAUUUAUUAAUGAGAACCACUCGGUUUCAGGAAGCUGGGCGCGAAACAGGACAGGGAAGAUCCCAUAGUGUGGAGGAAACAGCCAAGUCAGGGUACAGGAGAGCGAGCUAGGCUGGGUAGGAGGACUGAACCCUUCACCAGGUCUACGCACGCAUGCAGUUCUGGUUUAGACACCAAAACCAAAAAAAUCGUAAACAACAACAAAAACAAACAAAAAACAAAAACAAAAAAACAGCGUUAUGGAAAAAACAAACCCAGCCCCACCCUAUCCCCAGUUUCAAUUCCUCUGUCGGCUUGUCUCUCUUUAAACAACCCUGUUUUGUCUAGUGAGUUUUUAGUGCACCUUCAUUCUCCGAAAUCUAAGGAGAGUCUGCACUUGUGUAUCAAUUUUGGCUUGGGCCGUUUCGUCCAGUAGGUGGGAAAGUAAUUUGUAAAUUUGAUUUGUCCAAUGUGAAGAUCACAAAUUACUUGUUGAAAUGUAAGGCAGUCCCCUUCCUUCCCCUUUAUCUACAUUAUUUCC